CAAUGGGACAGAAUGGACGUUUUUGCGACAGCAAGUGUCGCAAACGUGUGGGAGGCUUUGGGCGCUGCUCGUUACGUAGAGAGGUAACCGCCUACACUGACCUGGAUAUCUGUGGCUGAGAAGGACUCCACCGACCUCUUUUCAUAUCAUGGAUUUUUGGACAACACUGCUUCGUGUUUAUGUUCAUUUACAGCUGGUUGGCCUUCGUGUUGAAGGAGGUUACAGGGCAGGCGUGAUGUCGCUCUGUUAUUUUGAACGGUGACGCUUUGAUUAGCAGUCUAAUGGACAGUAUCCAUGAGUUAGCAAUCGAAACCCGAACUCAGUAACCUCUUCACGCAAUUUCGCUAUUUUAUUGUGUCCGUUUGCCCCGCCCGUCUCGGUGUUUGCUAAGUGGAGCUGGAUCUCACUCUGACUGUGUCGUAACAUCACCAUUACUGACAGGCAGCAGUAUUUACUUGUGUGAAGCGGGGAAGUGGGAUUGCGUCAAGCUAGCUCAACUUCAGGAGGAUGCGACAGCAGCUGGCCUCAACUAGUCUCCGUAAUAAAGGCAUCAAAUAUAACAGCGUUCGCGUGUUAAAGUAGAAUUUGGUGGUUGGACAGAGAGGCAGCGCUGUGAAAAGAAACAACAGCUGAUUUGCAAUUCCAGAAAGAGCAUUGUGCUGUUUUUGUCAAGCGUGUACGUUGUAUUAAGUGCACGGCUGCAUUUAUUUUGAAGCCUUCGACCGGAGAUGGUGCCUGGCUGUGGGUGUGUCGACACUGGUAGGAAGUGGGAUGUGUCCGAGAUGUAUUUAUGCUGCUGUCCAAGAUAUGAAAAUCAGUGAAGGAGUGCUGCUUCACCAGCGGACACAGCGGGGUUUCCACAGUGCUGCUGCCUGUCAGCGUGGAUACUGUCAGUGGGCGAAAAUAGCGGCCACGACCGAAGCUGCUGUGCGAGCUUCGUGUGGACUGGACCGUUCCCGAGUAGGCUUCUCAUCCUCUCACACUUUGUUGAAUGUGUGCGGGCUCUAUUCUGUGCUUACGUAAUGACAGUAUGUGAAUCGAUGCAUUCACAUCCUUGACUUUUACAUUUAUUUUUUUAUUUUUUGUCUCUGGACAAAGGCCUUGCCCCAAACUCUUUUUUAUUUUACCAAUGUCAACAACUCAACAUCGAGUGAUGAUGGAGUCCUCCCUGGCCCUCGGCAGACUGGAGCUGACCCCCAGCUCCGCCGCUGUUGGGGUUAGUCUCACCCCGCGGCUCUCUGGAAGCGGCCCCACGAAGGAGAAGUCCGGCCAGCGACCCGUAGGGCUCCAGAGCCCGGCUCACCUGAACGGCUGCGUCCCGCUGUCACAUCAGGUGGCGGGUCACAAGUAUGGAGUGGAUAAAGUGGGUAUUUUGCAGCACCCAGACGGAACAGUCCUGAAGCAGCUUCAGCCUCCACCAAGAGGUCCACGAGAGUUACAGUUUUACAGCAUGGUGUAUGCAGAGGACUGCUGUGAUCCUUGUCUUCUAGACCUCCAGAACUAUCUGCCCAAAUAUUACGGGACCUGGUCCUCUCCUGACAGCCCCAAUGACUUAUACCUGAAACUGGAGGAUGUGACUCGGCGCUUCGUCAAGCCGUGCAUCAUGGACGUGAAGCUGGGCCAGCGGAGCUACGAUCCGUUCGCCUCCCAGGAGAAGCGAGAACAGCAGAUCAGAAAGUACCCACUGAUGGAGGAGAUAGGCUUCCUUGUUCUUGGCAUGAGGGUGUAUAAGAUGUGCAGUGACUCUUUUGACACCUAUGACCAACACUAUGGAAGGGGACUGGUUAAGGAGACCAUUAAAGAUGGCUUGGCUAAAUUCUUCCACAACGGAGCGAGUUUGAGGAAGGACUCGCUGUCGGCCAGCAUCCGCAGAGUCCAGCAGAUCCUCCAGUGGUUCGAGUCCCAGCAGCAGCUCACAUUCUAUGCGAGCUCCCUUCUCUUUGUUUACGAGGGCCUUCCCUCCUCCUUCUCCUCGUCUUCUCUCUCUUCGCUCCUCAGCAGCUCAUCGAUCAGUCCAACUGCAACGAAAACCGCCUCGUUGGUGGGCGACCGCGACGGGGAGGGAAAACAGGAAGGGGCAGGGCAGGAGGAGGGGGUGGCUGAGUACAACAACAACAACAUUCAGGUGGCGGUGCCCUGGGACUACAGCCUGGCCACCACUAUUUACACCAAUCACAGGAAAGGUGGCGACCACCACUGCGCCAAGGCUCUUCUCCACGGCAGCAGUGGAGACGGUAGUUUUGUGCAGAAUACAGAAAGCUCAGUUUGUAGAGAUAACUUCUCGGCACUGUGUGAAGAGGACAACUCAGUGUGGAAACGACGAGUGGAGCUGCAGCAAGCACCGAAUGGAAACGGAAACAAAUCACAACUGGAAGGGAAGGAUGAGGAUGGAGAGGACAAAGACAGCAGCAGCAGGAGAGAGGAGGAGGUGAAAGAUGACGCAACGGACGUGGGUGCAGGAGACGCUGAAGUUGAGGUCAGGAUGAUUGAUUUCGCUCACGUUUUCCCGAGCGACAGCCACGAUCACGGCUACAUCUAUGGCCUGAAACACCUGCUGACAGUGCUGGAGCAAAUCCUCUGUGACGCUGCGUAGAGUUCCCAAUCUCUUUACCUCCUUACCUGCUCAAAAAAGCCAGUGUCCUCCUGUCAACCCUGCUUUUUUUUUUCCCCCUCAAAAGACAUAGAUCUUCAGAGGAGCAAAGGAAGAAUCAAAGAAAAGAAUGCUGAAACAAAACCAUCACUGUCAUCAUCAUCAUCUCACCAGAUUGCGAUGGUCCGUCAGUAUGUCUCUGUUUGUCUGGGUGUCUUGUGAGCAGAGUGGCGGAAGUAGAGGCUGAUAGUUUUCAUCAGCACCUCUACAUGCACUAAUCAAUCUAUGAAGGCAUUACGACCCUGUACUUGAACACAACAUCUUCAGCUGUUGGUUUACUGAUGCUCCAAAGUGUCACCUUUAUUCCAUUCAGCUAAAAAAAAUGUUUGAUUGUUAUAUUUUGAUACCAUGGCUACUGAAAACAUUUGUUGGGUUUCUAUUAAAAUCAGUACACCUGAAAUAGGGCUGGAUGAGGUGAUAAUACACAGUGUGGAACAAUUAGAAUUAGUCAGAUGUCCAUAUAUUUUUGGCUGUUUUUCUUUACCAUUGUGGCAGCGACACAUAUUAGGAGCAAACUAAGAGUCAAAAAUGGAUUUGUGUGUCUCACAUAAUCCAUUCAGAAAAUCCUGGAUCAGACCCACUCCUGAUCCUUCCUGUCAGUCUCACAGGCAUGCUGACAUGCAGACCUAGUAGCUGUUAGUUUAUGGAUUGGCAGCGGGUCUCCAGAUUCAACAGGAGUUUUUUAAAGGAAAGUGAAUGCCAGAAACAGUUCUGUGUGAUUUAUAAGAUGUGUGGAAGGGUUGAUCAUAAAAUUGCAAGACCGUUCCUCGUGCUUAGGCUCUGAGCAUAUCAGUCAUGCAGUAUGCGUGAGCAGUAACUGUCAGGAGGAUGUCACAUGACCCUGUGCUAUCAACAGAGGCAGCACAAAUGCACUGAAUCUCUAAUCUGUGUCAAAAUGGGAAGUUGUAAGGGGCCAACUCUGGCUAGCAGGGUGGAUUGAGAGCGACAAUUGUGUUGUUGUGGCCAGCUAAUGUGCUAUGACCUGGCACAUAAACGGUGUGGGGCACCUACCUAAACUUACCCUAAAGUUCUCCCUCAGAAAUGCUGCUUGUUGAUACCGUGGUGUCGUGCAACGUCUGGACUCGUGGCAUCUACUACUUGCACAUUUUGCGUGCAUGUGAAGGUGACAUGCUUGACGCUCAUGCAUGAGAAGCGGUUUCGUAGUUUUAUGAUCAACCCUCAUAUAUCAGACAACGCAGUCUGCCUAGUAAACUACCUAAACUCUACUUUUUGACAUGGCUCAGUCCAAUUUCAUGCUGACACAUUGGCCACCCAGCUGCACAGCGGUUUGCUGGAUUUGGUUCAUUUCUGUUUACAAGUACACAGUGAAAUUAAAAAACAUGCCAGGGCUAGGAAACCGAUGCCACACUUCAUCUGGGCCCGCUGAGAAUGAAAGUCUUCGAGCGUGCGGUAAAGCAAGAAACCUGGAGAAAGUUGAAAUUAAAGUCGGGUCGUCCUUUUCCUGUUUAAACCACUGUCUACAAGUAUUUAACUCAGGUAUUUACAGUUAGAAAAAAUACUUAUCAGUCCUAUUAUCCUCUCAGCAAGAUGAUCCUCAUGCUGUCUAGUUGUUCAGUUGUGAACGGUUGUUUUAUAUAGUCGGUGUUUAUCUCAUAAUUGACCUUAUCUCAUUAAUGUUGACCUCUGAGUCGCGUUUUUGACCUCUUAACCUUACUAAGAGCUUACACUUCAAGUAUUGUCUUUUACUGUGGCUGUUUUAAUUGAUGUAUAUGUUGAACUGCCAAAUCACCUCUCCUUUUAAAAGCCUGUGUUCUUCGCCGAGCUUAUUCUGAUUCCCCUCCUUUUCUGUCCUGGGUUUAGCAACAGGAUUAUAUGCUAAUGUUAUACCUAUACGUCGCUCAUGCCCAUUGCUCUAGCAUUACCCAUGAGUUAUUCUGUGAUUUUAAGUUAUUAUAUAUUAUAAUGGAAUGAAUUUAUUUGUAACUGGGCAACAAUUGGAAAAUCUGCAAUUUCCCUCCCAUAUCCUGGAGAGAUCAUCGUUUCAGGGGUUUUGUUUGUUUUGUUUUAGUGUCUUUGUUUGCCAGAAGUAAGGUGUUCUACUCAAUGACACAUGAUGGGCUGGGAUUGGUUUACAUGGUAUGGACUAAUAUGAUAUAAGUUCCCUGAGGAUUUUAAGAUUGUAGUAAAAAGAUGUGUGAAACAUGCUGCUUUAACGAGUCCGGACAGGCUCAAAAAGUGACAGAAUGCUAAAGAUAGAAAGACAGCAACUGAAUGGUUUUAUGUCAUGUGUUUUGUGUUUGAUUUUUUUUUUUGGCUUGGCACAGAUGGACAGAACUGUCAGAGUACUGGUGGUAGGGGAGAGACAAGUCAGCACAUCUUUUUACUCUAAUUUCAGCUGAAAGCUCAGACAAUAGCCGUUGACUAAAGGUUGAAGCCUGACUAAUGUUGAUUUUUAUGCUGAGAUCCAGGCUGAUGAAGCAGGCACCCUAUAAACAAGCAGAGAUUGGAUGAUUCUAAUAUUUUCAUGCUCGUCUCUCAAAGGUUUAGUGAAUGUGUCUUUUAACCAGAGUUCUCUGUUGAAACAAAGAUCAUCCUGUCGCUGUAGUAGAUUUAGAUUUGGAUCAAGAAAGACUUGAUUUUUUUUCAGAAGACAGAUUUAGCUUGGGCCUGCACUACAGGAGUUUUAGGCAGAUUCAUUCCUGUUCUACCGUUCCCAACAGUUAGAAGAACAAUCUGGGCUUGGAUCCUUGUCCAAACUGACCUUUAAUCCAGAUUAUUUGGUAAUGUGAGGAGUUUACUGAUCCAGUCUGAACUUCCACAACUACUUGCAAACUCACUAGGUCUCCCCCAAUAAUAGCAAAACAGGGCUACAAACUGGAAAAAAAACCCUCUAUGGUCAUGCACAUUAUGAAUUAAUCUUCAGAUAUUUCUUAUGAGGUUAUUAAACAGUUAAUAUUCACCAGUAAAUCCCUUUGAAUAUACUUGAUAUUCAGCUACAGGAAUGUUUUCCUGGUAACCUUUUGCAUGUCAAUAUGUGAGCUCUUGCUGGAAGCAUUAACUGCUCCAUUAUGGUGUUAAACCGUUACAAUGUUCCCUGCUUGCCAACGUGAAACUCCUUGUAGUCUGAAUGACACCUCUUUAGGUCCCUCUGAUAUUAAACGGUAAACGCGCUGCAGUCCUUCCAUCCCAUUUAGCAGCAAGUGGCUCCACCUCAUGAUACAAUCAGGUACUGCUAGUUUACGUUCUACAACAUAAUCUAUAAAACAUUUUCAGUACAACACAUCUGCAUUUCCUCUGCAUUAUUGGUUGGUACAUUUUUAAUUGGUUGAAUUAUUAAUGGGAAUUAAUCAGUCAAUGUUAAAUUAUUGCUACCGAUAUUAAAUGUUUGAUGUUUGUGAAUUAAAAUUGAGAUGGUUACCUUUAAGAGACAGAACAUUCGAGCCCUUAAAAGUUACACUAGCUAAAUAGCUAGCUAUAAUAAAAGUGGUAGCUACAAUGUCACAAUUAGUUCUUGCUAAGAAAACAACCCAGGUUGAACACAUGCAACAUUUUCUCAUCCAGAUCUUUUUAAGCCUUUUUUUUUUCUCUCACUACAGGUUUUUUUUAAUUGUAUUUUAUCAGCGUUAUGGCAAGUUGUUCCACCACAGUCUCUCUUGUUUCCAUCCCAUGAGAUGACUUGAGGUGGUGCUCUGCUCCCUCUGACACCAUUAUCUCCGUAACAUCCUGCAGUCUGUGAUGCUUCAGUAGUUCCCAAUUCUGUACUGUCCAUGUGUGAGUUUAAAAAGAACAUCUUUAAAAUGUAUUCUUCUGUGUAGGAUUUAAAAACUCCUGUAGUGUGAGCCCAGCUUUAAUUUGACAAAACUGUAAGGGUCAUGUGUUGAUCCUCAAUGAGAUGUGUCUGAAAGCUCUGGAAAAAACUAGCUAGUAGACUUUAAGAUAAGACUUUAGCUUCAUCAAACGGCUGUUCUUGUUUCCUAAAAACGGCUAGAAAAAGUCUAACACCCUGAGAUAAGACUAAGCAGAAUUACCAAUGCAGUCCUGUUUCUUUUCAUUUCAUUUGAUUCAUUUGAGGGCAUUUAAAAAGUCCAAAUAGAAAUGAGUAUAACCCUACUGUCCAGUGCGAUGGCAGUACUUAAAAAGUUCUGAAGACCUGUCUGUGAUUUGAUGAGUCAUCUGUGUGUUUUUAAGAGGAUUUUCUGUAAAUAGUUUUGAGUUUGUCUUUCUUAAAUUCAGAGCAUAUGUCUUUAGUUUUGGUGCCUCUGUGUGCUCCAGCCUGUGCUCUCCACUCUAACACUGGAGCUGCUUUAAAGCAUCGUGUUGAAUCUCACUGCCCCCAUCUGCCACAAGCCCACCUGAUUCUAACAGUAAUAUGCACAAGCCUCUUCAGUUCAUGUAGCCUGUAAUAUAUGAACAUAAUGAAACAUAUGAAAAUCCUGAUCAUUUUUCAGCUAAUGUGUCUUGGUUUGCUGAGAACCAAAAGAAACAGACAGCUGUUUAAGUACAAUAUUUUCUUUAACGUUGCUUCUUUUUAUUGAUUUGAUUUAUUAAUUUGUCUGAAAUAAUCAAGAGGAACCUUUAGGAGGCUUUUAAAGGAUGUUUACGGGAAUUAGAGAAGAACAGCUUUUGUUUUUAUCACUGCCUUAUUUUCUGUUAAUGUCUCAAUGUGCUCUCUUUGUUUUGAAUAUUGAAUAUUGAUCAUUUUGGCAGCUCUGUGAAUCUCUGAUUUUCCAGCCCGUCAUGUCACGGAUCACUAAGAAAAACCAUAUCAUGCAUACGAUACAGGGCAUUGUUGAUCAUUGGCUGAGUCACAGUGAUGCAACUUUCAGCUUAAAUCCAUUCAGUCAGUGUAAAAGUCAUGAAGUCAGGUCGUGCUGCUGAAGCAGUUUGUUUCUGUAGGUGGGCAGCGUUACUGACAGCACAUCCACUCCAUUUCUGACCUCGUGUUAAAUGUUGAGGAGAUUCCAAACACCAGCCUUUUAGUCUGUUUAAACUGGUUACUUUACAAGCCUGUUAGUCACAUUUAUUACACAUUUCUCCUUUAUAUUAGAGCCUAUUAAAUGAAGGAGGUUAUAGUGUUUUAGAUAAAUUUUUGUUUUUUCAAAUGACUUUCACAUCAUGUCUGCAUUUCCGUGUUUUUUGACAAUUUGUAAGUGCAGACUGAUUUGAAAAGUCAGAAUUAACUGUUGUUAGUGUAACUCUAUCAUUAAAUAAAAUGAUCAAAUAAAGAAUAUGAUUGAUUUCCAUUUGUAUUUAAACUGCAAUAUAAAGCUUAAAAUGGGAAAAAAAAGAAUAACUGUAUAAUCAUGAUAAUUCUGUUUCCUCAUUCUAUCUUUAAGCGCUGUAACAGUCGCGAGAUGUUCAGAAUGGAUUGCAUCACACAACAUAUUUAAUUAUUGCAUGUUUUUUUUUAUAUAUUUAAUUUACCCAUACUUUAUUUUACCAUUUUUAGUGUUUUUUUCCUGUUAACUAAAUUUGCUGAGAAGUGGAGAUUGUAAUACGUAUUUGUCUAAAAAAAAACACAGCCAUGAAAUGGAAAGUAGAGAGAUUUUAAAAAUGCGCCGUUCAUUCAUUCAGCAUGCAAAGACAGACUAAGGAAACAGAAAAAACUGACAAGCAUUUAAUUUUAUUUUUUAGUUUGAUAUUUGUAAUGCAUCAUUAAAAUGCAAAGAACUUCUAAUACUUUUGUGUAAAAGAUUCACUGAAAUAUGCAUAAAUAUUUUACUGCCAUGUAGCCUGAUGUUGACCUCUACCUUCAGCCUUGUUUGGCUUGUGUGGAAUAAGAUCAGUCCCAGGUUUGAGAUUCAGGCCGGAUGUUUGUGGACAGUCAGUGAAGGGCAUAGAUUUGCAUGUGGCUAACGCUGCCCACCUCCUCUGCCCCAGCACGUUGCAGUAUAAUGUCUGGAUGCACUUUUACCUUUACUGGAAAUCUGUAAAACUUCAGUACAUGUUAGUACCUAAGAGUCCUGCUAAUUACUCACACUGUGUCAUAUCUACCUAUCUUUAGAAGGGACCACACUGACCAGGACAGAGGGAUUCAUGGAGAUGUAACAUGAAUGUCAGUCCAGGUGUGGUCAGUAGAUGUUAAACUGGUGCAUUACCUGACUUUCCUGACUUUCCACUGAUGAUGUUUAGGAUGCAACAGUGGCUUUGCUUGGAUGAGACUAAGUGAAGCUGUGUUCCAGUUGCUCUUUAUACGUGCUCUAUUCAUUUGUUUACAUUUGAACUGCUCUCCUCACAGCCAGGAAAUGUUAGAGGCUAGGACAUGAUUUGUCUGCUUUGUUUUCUAAGACAUUAACAGGUCGAUUCUGGGUUGAUUUUUGUUCUUUGAUCUGUAACUGUCUGUCAUGCAGACUAAUGGAAUAGUUAUGUAUGACAUUUGCUCUUUCUCCUGUGAGCUGAUUAUGUAAGUAAAAGUAGUUGCUCCCGAAUAAAGGACCUUAAAGGUGGUGUGACAUGUUUUCUACCACUACGGAUGGUGUGCUCUACAUUACUGCCAGACAGGUUUCAAUCAACGUAGUUAUUAGUUGGAUUUCCACUGCAGGAACUGGGUCACGCACAGGAACAGCCACAUAAACGGCCAUUUCAGCCUUUUGUUUCUCCUUUGUGGUGUAGAUUCAAUGGCUUCAACCACAACCGUAACUCCAACUGCACCAAAACAACAACAAACAAUAGUUUCAAGACCUGACUCCAUGUCUAUGAGCACAUAAGAGACAGGAUAAUGGUACAAUUAUUGAAUUUUACAUUGUUAGCAGUAAUAGUAGGAAGACUGCUAUUGGUCGAGGACAUCAAGAGGGUAGAAAAAUGGCAAUUGUGUCCAAUUUUAGCCAAUCGGCAGCUCAGAAGUACCUGCCCUGGACUCUGAGCUGUUCUCUGCUCUGAAAAUGGGCCUCGUUCCAUAGGGACGGUUCUUGCAGUUGGAACAUGCACAAAGGUUAAGGCCGCCCUAAAACAGCCAGGAAGUUUCUGUAGUGGAAAACAGCUGAACUGAGAACCCAUAAGGACCUCUGUCUUAACCCUUUGAUAUGCAACAUGGGUCAAAAGUGACCCAAAACUAAAUGAAAAUGGGUAUCUCCUGGCCCACACUACACAUCAAAGGGUUCAAAUGAAGAGCAGGUUGAAUGUCCAUUGAGUCUCUGUAUCAGAAACAUUUGUAGCUUUCACCCUGCAUUAGACUCAACUGUUUUGUCAAGAAUAUGAUUGUGCAUCAUUCCCCAAACAAAAACUACAUACAACUUACAAUAAAUUAAAAAUCAAAGCGAAAAUUCCGAGUAUGUGACCGUUUAAAUAAAAAGUUAAAAGCUACUCUGUCACAAGAAAGCAAAAAGCAGCAACUCUAUGUGGAGAGACAUCCUAUGGCUUUUAAUUAACACUCUACUAAGACACCACAGAGAAACUACUGAAUAUACUGCAGCAAUUAAGCGUGAAGAAUUUUCAUAGAACACUGAAGUGAUGUGAAACCAGCAGCUGCCUCAACUCAGUCUAAAACCUGAUUGGGCGCUUUUAAAAACAGAGCAGCGAUUUGAACAAUGAAGUAAAUGAGGUGAAUCAUUGUUUUAUUAUUUGUGUCUCCUCUUACUGCAUUCAUCAGAUGUUUACUAAGCUACAUUUACAGUUCAAAACUGAGAUGAGCUCCAUUUUAACCGUCUUUCCUUUUUUGACACAGAUGCAGCGUUAGAGAACAGAAAAGAAAAACGUCUGCUGGUUUUACUGAAAGUUUGCUGUAGGUACAAACUUCUCUCUGUGUGUUCAUGUGAGGUUCAGAUUAGCUGCGAUAUCCUCCAACAUUCUCUGAGGGAUAACACUGAGCCACUUAAGUGUCUUCAUGCCAUGCCUGACGCUAACUUUAAGGUGUAAAUGCAUUUCCUAUGGCUGACUGUAGGAUUGAACAGUGUGAAUGCUUGUGUUGUUGCUGUCAUGAAAAUAAAACCUGUUGAAGGACUGAAAGUGGCAGGUCAAGUUCAGCUUCUCUGUCAGAGUUGGAUCUCUGUGAAGUCCGACACAUUUUUAGGGUUGAGCGAGGAGCUGAACAUGGACUGCUCUGUGAACCCUGUCAUAGAAAAUGAGCUCUGGAACGCCUCACUAUGGAAUGUGACGAGUGUUUGAAUUUUGCUAAACUGGAUUUUAACAUGUCUUAUAAUGAGCCUGAAGCAGAACAGAAAAUAUCAGUGUACAGGAGAGGAACUCAAGCAGGUCCCUCUAUUCAUUAUUUUUUCAACAAUAAAAAUGUUAAACAUUUU